CGUGCGCCACGGAAUGCACCGACGGAAUUAGACGGCAUUCGGUGUUAUCCUCACCGCAUAUCUACGCCUCAAGUCCAGAGUGGACACGGAGCGCUCUCUGCGCGACACAUCUCAUUGUCGGCGAGAUAUCAUUAGACCGAAUCAGAGCAGGUGCCUGCCACACACUGCCUGCCCAACUGCUCAACGCAGAGAGACUUGCAUGCACCGGUAGGAGAUUCGGUGUCAAAUCCGACGCGGCACCAAUCAUUCCAUCGACAUGAGACCUGGCCGAACUUGCGUCUCCAUGAUCCAACGGCGCCUAGCUGCGGAGACCCACGGGGAUUGGAAGCCGCGGUCGCGCCUGGACGCCCGAAUCAGCUUCUCG